AUGAACGAUGCCGUGGCUGUGGCGCUCAAAGACGUGGCGCCAAGUCAUAUGCCAGCGGACCAGUGGUUAUUUAAGGCCCUGGUGCAGGCCGCCUUGCAUGCGCCGGAAGGCUGCGUUUGGAAGUCAGGGGGCAAGUUCCUGCUCUCCAACGAGGAAAGGAACCAGUCUGCCAAUGCCAUCGUAGGCGUCCUGGAGCGCAACAACACUGAGAGUGAGGCUGGCAAGGGGGUGCGCGCACUCGUAUCCUUCACAGAACAGGAGUAUGGCUACCGUGUGACGGCGGUGCAGCUGAACUUUCACCCCAACCACAAGUCCUCGCACAAGCAGCACCGAGACAUCUAUGGCGCAGGGCAGAAGGGCGGCAUCAACUGCACUUGCAGCUUCAUGAAGUGCACCGGCACAGUUUGCUACUCGCUGGGCUCCAGUCGCCAAGUGCUGUGCGAGACCAUCACGGAUGCGCGAUCCAAAUACCAGACUUGCGGUGAGGAGUGCCAGGGCAUGAAGACCUACAAGUGGAUGCACAGCGGCAGCGCCAUGCACUUCAAUGCCCCAUGGAACAACAACCACACGCAUGGAGCCUCGGCUUGUCAUUGCCCCCCGGGCUGGCGGGUUCUGAAUCAUUGUCAUGUCAUGAAGCGAUGCCAAGGAAUUCCCCCGCUGGAUGAGCCAUGCGGCCCUCGGAUUUCAAUUGCUUUGCUUUGUGCUUAA